ACAACAACAACAACAACAACAACGAUAACGAGAAUAAAGGUGCCGCGAAGGCACGCGCGAAACAGCUGAUUGGCGGAAAUACACGUCGUCCGAGUCCGAGUCACGGCCGUUUCUAGUCGCAGGGAGUGGACUGACGGUCAUGGCGAGUUUCGUGCUCCGAGUGAAAACCAAAACAGGUCAAAAGGUUGUUUAUGGUCUCACGGCCCACGAUAAAGUAUCGCAGCUGAAGGCGAAGCUCGCCGAACUCACUGGUGUACCAACCGCUGCCCUCCAGGUACUUAUCGGCUUUCCGCCGAAACCUAUCGACCUAAACGCGGCCGACGCCACGAUUGAACGCGCCGGUAUCAUCUCCGGAGACACCCUUAUCGUUGAAGAGAAACAGAUCGUGUUCAAUAGACAUGAGCAGAGACUGGACAAUCUCGGACGGUCGCAUAUCGUUGACCAGGACAACUUUGCUAAUGCUCCAGGUGUCCUUAUGAGGAAGGUUGUACCUGCAGAUAAUUCCUGUCUCUUUACCAGCGUGGGUUACGUCCUGAAUGGAAAAGUGGACACUAGCUGCGCCAGUUUUAUGAGAGAAAUUAUAGCAAAUGCGGUAGCGGCAGACCCGAAUGAAUACUCCGAGGCAUUUCUAGGUAGACCCAAUGUUGAAUAUUGUGAGUGGAUCCUCAAAUCUGACGCUUGGGGUGGCGCCAUAGAGUUGUCGAUUCUGUCUAAGUUUUAUGGUUUGGAGAUAGCGGUAAUCGAUAGCAUUAACGCGAUCAUCAAUAGGUUUGGCGAGGACCAACAUUACGCUCAACGGGUCUUCCUCAUAUUUGAUGGAAUCCAUUAUGACCCUCUCUACUUGGAGCCGCUUGAUGGUGGCAGUAUCCAAACGAUAUUUCCCACCGAGGAUGAGAGAGUGCUUCUAGAAGCCGCUCAACUUGCGAAAGAGGCAAGAUUGAGUCGCCAGUUCACGGAUGUGCAAAAAUUUACCCUGAUGUGUAUUGACUGUAAAGUCAUGCUAAGCGGACAAGCGGCAGCACAGCAGCACGCCAAGGACACCGGUCACAAGAAUUUCGGUGAAGUAGCAGCGUAGCCAUGUAUCAACAGCCCAUAUAUCAUAUAUGAUCUAAUUCUCUGGUGACUCUGGUGACAAGGUAUCCUUGACUUUAAACAGUAUAGAAUGACUUUUGACGGUUAUUUUCUUCGAUUGGAACGUUCGGGGAUCUCUCGAUUUAUCUAUUUAUUCUCAUCGUACGCUAUUAUAAUUUUAAUCAAUUUUAAUUCAAGCGCUUAUUAUAACAAAUUCUUUGUGCAACGGAAUUCAAACGACGGGAAAUUCUGUGCUCGAAGGUACGGAAGUGUGUGUGAUAUUUUUACAAAUUAUAUUCACAAAUUAUUUAUUAUAUAUUCUAGGUAAUCAUUAUAUUUAAUUGACCUUUUUAUUGAUAGUCCGAAUUACGUUUUUAUGCGAUAUAUUGUUAUAUUUGUAUUAGGGCAAAAAAUUGUACUUUCUAGAAAUACUGUUUAGGACUGAAAGAUUGCCGUUUUACAGCUAAAAGUACGAGAGAGCUAAUAUCUUUUUCUACUUGAGCGAGGCGCUUGCAAAUAAUAAUAUCAUUAAGGUAGUUCGAUGAUGAAGGGCCGAAGUCAAAACAAUGUUUAUAAUUUUUUUAUUUUUAUGAUUAUAAAAAAAUAGAAUAACGCAUCGCAAAGCUUCAUAACAACGUAAAAAGACCGUUAGUAAAGAAUUUUUUCGUUGUAGAAUAAUAUUUUGCCUGAAAUAGAUUAAAUAAAGUGUGUGUUAACGCGUCGCUUGACUAGUUUUCAACUUUAAUUAUUAAUUAAAAAAAAACUGUACGGUGGAUCGUGUUCACCUUCAACUAUAGGCUUCCUCACAGUGUCCUCUUUCCAUCGAUAUAUAUUGUUCAGACAUUUUUGGCAAAAGAUUUUUUGCAAACUCGUGUUAUUCAUAGGAAAAUAACCUCUUUUCCUAUUAGAUCAAGUUAAAAUCAUUAAAAUCACCUAAUAAUUUUAAAAUUAAAUAUCUUGAGAACGGGACGGUGAAUUAUCUUUUUUCUAGGCUUAAUCGAUUUAGGAGAGUUCCUUUUUUCGAUAUAAAAAAUAAAACCUAUUACUUUUGGCAAAAGUUGUUCAUUAUCGAACUACCUUAAUGCGAAUUUGUUUAAUGUUAAGGAUUGUUAAUGCACAUAAUACACAAGUUACUGAUUUUGAUUAAACAUCAUUAUCUGCGAUCUCA